AAUUUUUUUUUGUUCCGAGAAAGGCAGCUCAUUCCCCUUCAACCACCAUGCCAAAGUCAAAGAGAUCAAAAGUUGUGUCACUCACUAAGACCGAGAAGAAGGGCCGUGGAGGAAAGGAUACACUUUUUGAAGAGGUCAGAGAGUGUGUCGACAAAUACGCUUUCUUGUGGGUGUUCUCAGUUGAUAACAUGAGAAACACUUUCUUGAAAGAAAUUAGAUCCGAGUUCAAGGACUCGAGAUUCUUCCUUGGAAAGAACAAGGUUAUGGCAAAGGCAUUGGGUACCACAGUUGAAGAUGAAUACAAGGAAAACCUUAGACAAGUCUCAAAGCUUCUUAAUGGAGAUGUUGGCGUUCUCUUCACCGACCGUCCCGUUGAAGAAGUCAAGGAAUACUUCAACGACUACCGACAAGCUGAUUAUGCUCGAUCUGGUGUUGUUGCUACCGAAACUGUCACGAUACCUGAGGGACCCGUCAUGCGUGGUGUCGACAAGAUGCCUCACAACAUGGAGCAACACAUCCGAAACCUUGGCAUGCCUACCACUCUUCAAAACGGUAUUGUCACCCUUGGUGCUCCAUAUGAAAUAUGCCGAUUGGGACAGACCUUGACCACCAAUCAAGCUCAUUUGCUGAAAUUGUUCUACCAUCAACUCUCUGAAUUCCGAGUGAAGCUUCUCUGCUACUACACUGAAGGCGAAAUCCACAAUUUGGAUGAAGCUGAAGCUAUGAAUACCGAAUAGACGGCUAAAUUGAGACUAUCCAUGUCUAUCAACUUUUAUUUGUGUUUAGUUAAUCCAAAAGCCAAUUUUCUUAUUUUUUUUGCCAUCAGCUUUUCAUUGCCAGCAUGUCUUCACAUUUUUAUGCUCCCUUCACUGGAGAUUACUUGUACCAACACGUUCUUUUCAUCCUACCACACACAGAGUUCUCAAUUGGAACACAUUCCUUUUAUAAAAAAAAAAUGAUUUGGUUUUAUUGAAAAAGGUGUGCAGAAAUAGGUAUUAAUGAUUUAUACAGAUAUGCUGAGAUGGUUGGGUAAUUUAUCGCCUGGUUCGUCCAUGAUUGACUUGCUUGCCAGCUUUUUAAUUCACCAUGGUUUCCACGUACACCGCCA